UCCAUUUUCUAAAGAUCCUGCAUCCAAUCGGCCUGGUGGUUCUUGAUUGGUGUCAAGAGAUAGUCCAAUGCAAAACAAAGGAUGGUAUGAAUCCAUGUAACUUUGACUUCUGCUGUCAACAUCAUGAUAUCCACCAGAGUGUGCACAGGGGAAGAGUGGAUAGCCUAGAGUCCUGAAAUGCAUUUUAGAGACACACGGUCGAUGUUGAAGGCACUGGGGUAAAUGAGGACUCUAUUUCCCAUGUCCCUGCUGCCAGGUAUUUUUCCCCAUGAAGUAGGGUCUUUGCUUGGGCUGGUAGAUUCAGGACAGGAGCAGUUUUAGGAACUCUGAGACAAGCGACCUUCAAGGAGGCUGUGAGAUCCCUUAGGGAGAGCCAGUGGACUCACAGGCUCUUUCUGGAAGACAGAAAAAGGAUCUGCUCCCUCCCCUUAUCCCAAUUGCACAUUUGCCACUGAAUUAUCAUUUUGGUUUCCCCUAGUUUGGAAAGCUCUGAAUGAUUAGCAGACAGGAUGCGCAUGUUGAAUUUUCUCUGGGACAGACUGGGCACAUCUGAGGCUCAAGUGUUUCUUUUCUUACAUUUCCAACUACCUAGCACAGCAUCUUGAUUUGCAGAAGAGUGAAGAGUUGAAGUCAGAUCUUUGGUGACCCGUGGCUACAUGUGGUUGUGACACAGCAGAUGGCUCAGUGAGAGCUGAAGAAGGAAUUGAGAAGUGGUGAUGUGGGAUACAGGGAACAGGUCUGCAGUCCAGGAGUUCAUCCUGGAGGGCUUCCCCACUGUCCAACACCUGGGGAAAAUCUUAUUCCUGGUGCACCUGCUGGCGUACCUGGCCUCCAUCAUGGGAAACACGCUCAUCAUCACCAUCACCUGGGCUGACCAUCGCCUCCACACACCCAUGUACUUCUUCCUCGGCACUUUCUCCUUUGUGGAAUGCUGCUUCAUAACCACGGUGAUUCCUAAACUGCUGGCCAUCUUCCUGUCAGGGAGGCAAGCCAUUUCCUUUGCUGCCUGCUUCACGCAAGCUUUUUUCUUUUUUUUCCUGGGGUCAACAACUUUCUUCCUUAUGGGAGUGUUGUCUCUGGAUCGGUACCUGGCCAUUUGCAGACCUCUGCGUUACUCCAGCAUCAUGAGCCCCAGGGUGUGCUCCCUCCUGGUCACUGCCUGCUUCACUUUGGGAUUUGUCUUAGCAGUGGCUCCAGUUGUCCAUCUUUCCCAGUUGUCCUUCUGUGGCCCCAAUGUCAUCCCCCACUUCUUCUGUGAUUUUGGGCCCUUGGCUAAGCUCUCCUGUUCUGACAGUAGAUCUACUGAAAUGCUGUUCUUCAAUGUUGCAUUUUUGGCUAUUUUUAUACCCAUCCUUUUCACUGUCAUCGCAUACAGCCACAUCGUAGUCACCAUCGUGAGGCUCCCGUCAGCCAAGGAGCGACAGAAAGCUUUCUCCACCUGCUCGUCUCACCUCAUCGUCCUCUCUCUCAUGUACGGCAGCUGUCUUUUCAUCUAUGUGAAGCCAAAGCAGACAAGCAGGGUGGACUUCAACAGACAGGCUGCUCUGGUGAACACGGUGCUGACCCCAGUGCUGAACCCUGUCAUCUACACCCUGCGCAACAAGCAGGUGCACCAGGCUCUCAGGGGUGCCCUGUGCAGGGGGAAGUAGAACCACAGCUCCUCAGUGGAGGGUGCAGCUUUUCCCCAGUUGAGUCCAGAAUUUCCUCAAGGUGCCCAGUCUUCUACACACUUGCCAAUUUUGUAUGUGUUACUUUUUUCAUGUUUGAUUGUUUAUUUUAAAUUAAGGGAUAACCUGUUAAUCAUUUCUGGAAACUCUAAACAUCUUCAUUUUAUUCAGAUAAAUAUAUCGUCCAUCAUCUGUUUUCAUUUGUUGUGAAUCAUUAAGAUAAAUGACUUUAAUGAAGAUCCUUCAAUACACGAAUCUAUUUCAUGCUGGUGGAAUCUCAAAGCUGACAAGCUAUGGAUUCCUGUAUAUAUUUGUGGUAAUUAUAAGGAGGUAGAGAACAAAAUUCCUGGUAUUAAGAAUAUUAAUUCAUUCAAGGAUAGCUGACCAGGGUAUGAUACUGAAUGGUGAAUACCAACACACAC